GUGUAAGAUACAUACAUUAGUAUAUUGCUAUAUUAUCUGAGAUUCGUUGCGUGUUUUUAACAUUAAAGGGAUAAAAUGUUUUUUUGUUGUUUAGGACGAUCAGGUGAGAAGGAGGAGAAGAUUGUGAGGAGGAAGUUGGUAAUUGUUGGUGAUGGGGAGUGUGGGAAGACCUGUCUCCUCCACAGAUAUACACGUGACCAGUUUCUACCUGACAUAUAUAUACCUACCGUGUUUGACACCUGUGUUAAAGACGUCAUAUCUACAGGCAAACAGGUUGAACUGGUUUUACACGAUACGGCAGGUCAGGAAGAUUUUGAAGUACUACGACCACUAUCAUAUCCAGAAUCUGACGUCAUAGUUUUAUGCUUCUCGGUAGAUUAUCCGGACAGCUUGGAAAAUGUCGUGCAACACUGGGCGACGGAAAUACGACAUUAUUGCGGCGACAUUCCCAUAAUUCUUGUAGGAAAUAAAAUAGACUUGCGCAGUGAAAGCCCGUCACAGAAACAGAAAUUUGUGACGUAUGAAAAGGGACAUCACGUGGCAGAGAGAAUUGGAGCAGCCGUAUAUUGCGAAUGUUCGGCGAAAUUUGAUGCUGGGGUAACGGAAGUAUUUGAAGAAGCGGUUCGAGUAGCCAUGAUAAAGAGGAGUUGUCGUAAAAGAUGAAAUCCUUUCAAAUAUUUGUUUAUCAUUAAGCCAAACCAGUGUUCGAGUAAAUGAACAAUCGAAACCAAUCAUACAGAAUCGCAACUGAUUUCUUUCUUAACGAUUCGGUUCAAGUCUACCUGGUGAUCCGCUGUCGUUGAUGAGAAGUUAGAAAUCAAAAGUAAUACAUUAAAAUCACAUAUUUCAUGCUUAUAAUUAGUGAUACUAAUUGAUGUAUUAAACAAUCUAGAAAUAUUCUGGAGAAAGAACUAUAAUAUAAACUUAUAAAUGGAACUUAACUUUAAUGCCAAAGAGAAUAGUAGCAUUUUGUACGAGCGUGUGAAUCUCAAUUUCACCAUUUUUCCAAGAUUGAGAUUACAAGUUGCCUUACUGGAUAGUUUAUGACGUUAUGAAUUAGCAAUUUACCUUAUUCAGCAGGGUUUAAGGUUUUGAGAUUACAAGUUACCGUGUUCAACAGGGUAUGGGGGUAGGGUGCUAUAUACAGGUUACCGUGUUCAACAGGGUUACCCUUUUCGACAGUUUAUGACGUGUUAGGGGUAACGAGAUCCCAUCUGGACCCACGUUAUGACGUAUUAGGGUUAACCAGAUCCCAUCUGGACCCAAGUUAUUUGGUAUUAGGGGUAACGAGACCCCAUCUGGACCCAGUGACUUCUAGUUAUUACGUAUUAGGGGUAACGAGGUCCGAUCUGGACCCAGUGACUUCUAGUUUAUAUGUGUUAUUGUUUAUUACGUGUUAUGUUUUGUAUGUGAUAUCUAUUUGUCAUAAUUUAUUUAUAU